GUAGUCCCCGUUUCUGGUGCUUUAGUCUCCUUGCAAAGGCCCACUCCGGCCGGGAAAAGAACAGGCAAAAGAGCUUUUACAAACAGUGUCUACUUCUUGAGCAAGGAAACAAAAUCCUAUAAAAUGACCAUCUUCGACCUGUCAUCUACUUCAGUUUCGUGAAUCGUGAUCGUUCCGGGAGUCGAGAAUGGCUGGCGAAGGAGAGGGCCCAGCGAUAGGAAUCGAUUUGGGGACGACGUACUCGUGCGUGGCAGUGUGGCAGCAUGAUCGAGUAGAGGUCAUAGUGAACGAUCAGGGCAACAGGACAACGCCGUCUUAUGUUGCCUUCACUGAAAAAGAGCGUUUGGUUGGUGAGGCAGCCAAAAACCAGGUGGCCAGGAAUCCCACAAACUCCAUCUUUGAUGCAAAACGGUUGAUUGGUAGGAGAUUUAGUGAUUCCUUAGUUCAGAACGAUAUCAAGCUCUGGCCUUUCAAGGUCAUUGAAGGUCCUUCCGACAAGCCAAUGAUUGUGGUCAAUUAUAAGGGUGAAGAGAAGCAUUUUGCUGCAGAGGAAAUAUCAUCCAUGGUCUUAAAAAAGAUGCGUGAGAUUGCAGAGGCCUACCUUAGCACAACUGUAAAAAAUGUUGUAGUCACUGUCCCGGCUUACUUCAAUGACUUACAGCGUAAGGCCACAAAGGAUUCUGGAGGCAUUGCAGGACUUAAUGUUAUGCGAAUAAUCAAUGAACCAACGGCUGCAGCCAUUGCUUAUGGUCUUGACAAGGUGGCCAUUGAUAAGAAAAAUGUAUUGAUCUUUGAUUUGGGUGGUGGUACUGCAGAUGUCUCUUUACUUACCAUUGACGAUGGUACUUUUGAAGUGAAAGCCGUUGCUGGAGACACUCACCUCGGAGGUGAGGACUUUGACAACAGAAUGUUAAAGCACUUCGUUGAAAUAUUUAAGAGGCAGCAUAAGAAGGACAUUAGUGGAAAUGCCAGAGCUCUAAGGAGGUUGAGAACUGCUUGUGAGAGAGCAAAAAGGAUUCUUUCUUCUGCAGCUGAGACUACCAUUGAAGUUGAUUCUUUAGAUAAUGGUAUUGAUUUCUCCUCAAGUAUUACUCGUGCCAGAUUUGCGGAACUCAAUAUGGACUUGUUCAAGAAGUCUAUUGAGCUUGUGGAGAAGUGUUUGAUUGAUGCUAAGAUGGAUAAGGGAGGAGUCCAUGAUGUCGUUCUUACUGGUGGUUCUUCCAGGAUUCCCAAGGUGCAGCAGCUUUUGCAAGACUUCUUUGAUGGAAAGCAGCUUAAUAAGAGCAUCAACCCAGAUGAAGCUGUGGCUUAUGGAGCUGCUGUUCAAGCUGCAAACUUGGCUGGAAUGGGCAAUGAGAAAGUCCAAAACAUUGUGUUAUUGGAUGUCACCCCGUUGUCCCUUGGGAUUAACGCUAAUGGAGGGUGCAUGUCUGUUGUAAUUCCAAGGAAUACUGCCAUUCCCACCAAGAUUGAACAUGACUACACCACCGCCUUUGAUAACCAAACUUCUGCUUUGUACCAAGUUUAUGAGGGUGAGAGAGCAAGAGUUGUGGAUAACAACUGGCUGGGGGAAUUUACGCUUUCCCCCAUUCCUGCAGCACCCCAGGGAAUCGCUCAGAUGAAAGUAUGCUUUGAGAUUGAUGCCAAUGGUAUUUUGAAAGUUUCUGCCAUGGAGAAGACCACUGGCGUUAGUUAUAGUAUCACAAUUACAAAUUACAAGGCUUCGCUAUCCACUGAAGAGAUUCAUAGGAUGGUCCUGGACGCAAAGAAAUAUGAAGUUGAAGAUGAUAAGCACAGGAAGAAGGCUAAGGCUAAGGAAGCUUUGGAGAACUAUGCGUACAAAAUGAAGAGCAUUGUCAAUGAUAAGGAGAUUGGUGACGAGCUUGACGCUGCUGGUAAGGAGAAGAUUGAAGCUGCUAUUAAGCACGUGAUUGCCUGGUUAGAUGGUAUCCAGCAUGUGGAGGCAGAUGAGUUUGAGGACAAGCUAAUUGGACUCGAGUUAAUCUGCAAUCCCAUCAUUGCAAAGAAAUCUAGACGACAAUAAGCAAUUGAGCAGCUCCUCUCAUAAAAAAGAUGACAAUUAUUUUGAUGAGGACAAUUAGGACACUAGAGUCUGUAAUAGAACUUUUCAUUUUGAUGAGGACAAUAAUUGAGUAUCCCCGACUUUAUUUGUCCAGACUUAAUUUUGUGUAUUUUUGUUGCCAGAGUGUGUUUAAUUUGAUGUGGCUUUGUUGGGUAGCAGUUACAAAAUUUGAAAUAGAAUUUGUAAUUUAUGGUUUUGUCAUUGUU